CAGAAGUAAACUUAAACUUUUAGUUAGGUUUCUCCAAAGUUACAUAAUAGAGUAUGCUUGCCUGUUUACAAAGAUAGAAUCUACCAGCUAUUAUGUAUUAACUGAAUGCAUAUUGAUUUGUGAUUGCCUCAAUGGUACAAAGGCCACACUUUAGGUACCAAGGUCAAGAGUGUAAGCUUCAUCCCCAAGGGGUACACAAGGAGGCAUAUUUUAUCCCUCUUUAUGGACUUUUGUCUGCCCCAUCUAAGCUAUAAAUAUGGCGGCCUCUCCAACAUUCCACUACAUCUCCUUAGCUCAUUUGUCUGUUGUACUGUUUAGACUUGGGAAGAACAAUAGCCAUGGCUAAGCUUGUUGUUCUGCUGGCCAUUGCCCUCCUAGCCAUUUCCAUGGCUGACUCUGGUUACAAGGUGCUGGCCAAAGAAAUUAAGCAUUCUGAAGGGGAGUACAUACUGACUUCAAACGGACGAGGCACCCUGCAAACCUACCAAUGCCCAUCCCAAUGCUCAAGGAGGUGCUCAAAGACACAAUACCACAAGCCAUGCAUGUUCUUCUGCCAGAAGUGUUGCAUUAAGUGCCUCUGUGUACCCUCAGGUUUCUAUGGCAACAAAGGAGAGUGUCCUUGCUACAACAACUGGAAAACGAAGAGAGGGGGCCCAAAAUGCCCUUGACUUGAAGCAAACUAGUUUUCUCUAGCCUAUUUGUAUUGUUCACUUGCUUCACUCAACCUAAAGAGGUUGCUCUUGUAUUACCAUUAUCUGCCCGACCAACCUCAACUUGAUUGCUGAGUGUGGUAGGAGGCAACAUAAUUUGUAUCAAGAAUCAAUAUUAUGAUUCUUAUUUGUACCUCCUAAUCAACCAAUAACAAUCUGAUAUUUGAUGGUUUUAUGAAUAA